GCACAUCUUCAUCUUCUCUGAACAAUCAUGAAACCGCCUGAACCUUCUUUCUCAUUCUAUAUAUACCUCACUCCCAUGGCUCCAACCUCAUCAAACAAGAAUCAACCAAAGCAACCAAGUCAUCCGAUACUAGCCUACACCAACAAAUCAAGAGUUCAAAAAACCUUCAUCGAUCAACAGCAAUGGCUCUAAGUCUCUUUGGCAAUGGUGGCCGACGCAGCAACGUCUUCGACCCAUUUUCCCUCGACAUCUGGGACCCUUUCCAGGGCUUUGGCCCUCUCAUGAACUCCUCCUCCACUGCCGGCGAAACCUCCACCUUCGCGCAGACCCGAAUCGACUGGAAGGAGACUCCGGAGGCUCAUGUCUUCAAGGCAGACCUGCCCGGACUGAAGAAGGAAGAAGUGAAGGUUGAGCUGGAGGAAGGGAAUGUCCUUCAGAUCAGCGGAGAGAGGAGCAAGGAGCAGGAGGAGAAGAACGACAAGUGGCACAGGGUGGAGAGGAGCAGCGGCAAGUUCAUGAGGAGGUUCAGGCUGCCGGACAAUGCAAAGGUGGAUCAGGUUAAGAGCAUCGACAUCUCUGGAGCCUAAAUUUUCAAGAUCUUCAGGCCAUCUUUAAUUUUGUUGCGGUAAUAUCAAAUAAGCUUGUGUGGUGUGUUUCACUGUUUUGUAUGUUGUAGUUUCUUGGUGUGUAGAAAGUAUGUUUUUUCUGUAAGGUUUGUUGGGUGAUGGCCUGUCAUGUAUGUUAAUCUUAUAUCGUUAUUAAAAGAGAAGAAAUUUUCAUAAUUAACU